CGACACGUGAACGGCUACCAGUUCGUUUCGAGCGGUUCUCCUUGCUCGACACACAUCCGCCUGCUCUCUCCGCGUGACUUCUUGUUUUGCCUCCUCUAGUAGAGCGUGACUUUGUCAGUGAGCGAGUUCAUUGAUUCAUCAGUUUUCUUUCUAUUCGUCGUUGUGCGUCGGUUAAAACGACCUUGCAAAAUCAAGACAAAACAGACCAUUAGUCGAGUGGAAUUAAAUCGACAUCAUUUCCAAUGCCCUGCGUUUGUUUUUUAAACGUCAGUCUCAGACGGUGGUGAUUUUGUUUUGGCUGCGAUCUUGCGUGUUAUUUUUUUUUAUUUGGACGGCCAACGAACAUUUUGUGUGACGAGUUCAAGACGGGCUCAAAUCGUGUUCGGAUAUUAAAUUGCAGCCUCUUUUCGUCGAAUUUCGUUUUGGAUGAACAAGAUCGACAUCCGAUAUCUGGAAUUGAAGUGAAAUAUUUCAAAAAAAAAAAAAAAAAAAAAAAAAUACCCGCCGGAAGAGAGUUAAACAAAAACAAAAAUAAAAUAAAAUAAAACGGACUUGAAACACGGAGCGCGCGUCAUGACAUCCGCAUCGACUCACAGGGCCAUUUAGAAGCUGCUGGUGAUCUCAUCCGGCAUGGGUCGUUAAAGGAGAAGAAGGUUUGUAGCAGCUAAGAGUCUUAUCUCAUCGUCACAUAAAUGGCGUGCCCAGCGAGGAUCGUUUCGAUUCUGAUGGCCUUAGCGGCCUUGGUGGCCGCUAACCAACCGCCGCGAUUCGAGGUGACGGACGAGAGCGGCGGCGAAAUUGUCCUCAAGUUGAAAGAAGGCGCCGAAGGAACGCCCGUCGGAAGCGUCAUCUAUCGCAUCAAAGCUUCCGAUGCCGACGGUGACGCCCUCCAGUUUGGACUGCAGGGUCACGUGGCUAACGAGCUGCUACGCAUCCAGCCCGUCAGCCGUAACGAAGCCGACCUUCAGUUAAUCAAAGAACUGGACAGAGAGACGGAAGAAGAAUAUUCGCUGGUGCUGACGGUGACAGACGGCAAGAUAGGCGCCGGCCAGGCCAUCAGACAAAGCCUUUUGAUUAUCGUUGAGGACGUCAACGACAACCGUCCCGUCUUCCAGCCUUUUGCUAACACGCUGAUGCUGCGCGAGAACGCCCCACCCGCUGUCAUCUUGACGGUAGAGGCCACAGACCGCGACCAAGGUGUCUACGGACAGGUGGUCUACAGCUUGGAAGGCAUGGAAGGUGAAGACGGCAUCGACGAGGAAACAGCCGUUGCCGGGAUGCCGUUCUCCAUCACGACCGUUGGCGGCAAGGGCAUCUUGCGAUGCUUGACGCCUCUCGAUUACGAACGACGGUCGUGGUACCAACUGCGAAUCUUGGCCAAGGAUCAAGCCAGUGACCAGGGACGCAUCAACACGGCCACGGCCGGUCUACUCGUCCGGCUCAUCGACGAAGACGACCAAGGACCGGAAUUUAUUACCGUACCGUCUGUGACCCGCGUAGCGGAAGAUGCUCAGCCGGGAACGUCCGUCUUGCGUGUCAAGGCCAUCGAUGGCGACAGAGGCGUGAAUCAGCGCAUCAUCUAUUCGCUAGAUCCGUCCAAUCAGUAUUUCGCCAUCGAUCCGAAAGAUGGCGUUGUCUACCUGAUUCAGCAAUUGGACCGCGAGGAUCCCAACGUGGUCAACGGCGCCUUGAUGCUCAUUAUCACGGCCACGGAAGAUUCUCCACUUCGACCUAGUGUCACCACUGAGGUGACCAUUCUCGUCCUCGAUGUCAAUGACCAAGCGCCGGCCUUCCGCACUAGCGGCCCUUACGUAGCAGAAGUCGACGAGAAUGCACCGGCCAAUGUGCCCGUCACCUUUUUGGGAUCGGAAUCUUUACCCGAAGUCUACGAUUAUGACCAGGGGAAAAACGGGACUUUCUACUUGACUAUUCGAUGCGACGACGACCUAUUUGACAUCAGCCCCGGCGUCGUGGUCAACGAGGCUCUUUUCAGCAUCCGGGUCAAGAGCCAUCUGGCACUGGACUACGAAGAGUUGACGGGCACCAAUUGCACCAUUACAGCCAGAGAAGCCGUGGCCAAAGAGGCCAAAACCACCACUGUGUCCGUCUCCAUUCGGAUCCGUGACGUCAACGAUCACAUACCCCAAUUCACGCGACCGUCUUAUCAGGUCCAAGUGCGUGAGAAUGCUGCCGUAGGAACGAUCAUUGGCUCGGUGGUAGCCACAGAUGCAGAUUCCGGCCAAUUGGGCACUGAUGGCAUCCGCUACAGUCUGUUGCCUGGCUCAAUUGCAGACGCUCUAGAGAUCGAUCCGUUGAGCGGUGCGGUUUCCAUCGGCAGAGGCGCUUCCGGCCUGCUGGAUAGGGAGAAAGUCAGCCAACUGAUUGUGAUGGUCGAAGCGCGCGACUCGCUCGGUUUGGGAAAUCGGAAUACGGUGCAAUUCACUCUGGAAUUGGAAGACGUCAACGACAACGCCCCCGUUUUCAUCCAGAGCCACUUUGAAAUUUACAUCAAUGAAAACGAACUGAAUUUCCCAUACACGUUCACUGUCGAAGCUUUCGAUCGAGAUCUCAACGACUCAGACAAUAGUCGCAUUCGAUAUUCAAUUAUCGACGGAGAUCUACAGUCUAAUUUCUCGAUACACCGCGUUACGGGAGAAUUGAGCGUCGUUCAUCCGCUGGACUUUGAACUCUUGGCACCAUCAAUGUUGGAUACAAAAGGAUUGGGGCACGUUCGACCGAUCAAUUUAACUGUGCGGGCGUCCGAUAUGGGCACUCCGCCGCUGCACACGGACACGCGCGUUGUCAUUUUCGUACAUGACGUCAACGAUUUUGCCCCAACAUUCACCAGGCCGUCUUACUCGGUGGCCGUAGCGGAGGAUGCUGCACCAGACUCGUCGAUAUUACAAGUCCAAGCUUUGGAUAUGGAUGGAUCUUCGCCAAACAAUGUCGUCGCUUAUCGCAUUCAAAGUGGAGCCCGCGACAAGUUCGUCAUAGAUUCGACGACAGGCAUUGUGAGCGUCGCUCUCGGGGCCACGCUGGACCCGGAUCAGACUCAUCCCCGCACCGUCCGCUACCAGCUGGAAAUUUUGGCGCUAGACGGGGGUGUAGGCAGUCGCCAACUGCACGCCUCCGUUACAGUCAUGAUCUCUGUCGCUGAUGUCAAUAACAAGCCUCCCGUCUUGGUAGAGCCGGGCGUUGUUCGGGUGCAAGAAAACGUUCCAGUAGGCGUUGUUCUAACUCAACUCACUGCAACAGACCCUGACGAACGGCCCAUAAUACGAUACUGGAUUGACCAUGCGGCGAGCGAAGGGCGUAACGAAAUGGGUUUCCUAGUCCGCGACGAGAAUGUUACAUCCUGGUUUGAAAUCAACACCAACGAUGGCCGCAUCCGUGUCGUCCGGCAGAUGGACCGCGAAAAGGCGGAGACAAUCCGUUUAGCCAUUAGGGCAGAAGAUGUCGCUGCGGCCACAAUCGGCCAGACCGCUUCAGGAACAAUGACGAUCAUUUUGGAGGAUGUAAACGAUCAUGAUCCGAUAUUUAUUCAGCCGUUUUAUCGCCGUUCAGUUGCGGAGAACAGCAAGCGAGGAGCACCCAUUUUAACUCUGUCGGCUGACGAUGCCGACCUUAAUCGUUCCAUUACUUAUUCACUUGAUGGCCCCGCCGAUUUAUUGGAACUCAUCCAUCUGAAUAGCGAGACGGGCGAGGUGGUCGUCUCGGGGAAAAUUGACCGCGAACGCUUCGCCUGGAUGAAUCUCACGGCGAAAGCUUCCGAUUCUGGAAUGCCGCGACGUUCCAGCUUCGUUCCAGUUUUCAUCCAGGUUUUGGACGAAAACGAUAACAACCCACAAUUUGCUAGUGUUCCAGGCAACUUUUCAGUACGAGAAAACUCUCCACCUGGCACUGUGAUCGGAACAGUUCAAGCCUUUGAUGUGGACGCUGGCGAUUUCGGUCAUGUCACCUAUUUAAUGGAUCGUCGCUCGUCCAAAGGGCGAUUCUCUGUCGAUCCGGAAACGGGUGUCAUUAUGGUGACGGAACCGCUGGAUCGAGAAGAGCAACAGAGUUACACGCUGAUCUUGGAAGCGUGGGACAAUUAUCGCGUGGGCUAUUCCGCCGGUGAAAGUCGUAACGCGUUCCAGCAAGUGACCGUGCAAGUAAUGGACGAAAAUGACGAAACACCGGUUUUCGAGGCUCGUUCUGGUUGCGUUAGCGUUACCGAGUUUCACGAUGCCCGUGUUCCUUUAACUACCAUUCACGCUAGCGAUCGUGACGACCCGACCACUCCAAACGGCCAUAUUGUCUUCUCCAUCCAAGAAGGGAAUGGCAGAGGCCUGUUUAGCGUCAGCAGCAUCGACCACAGCAGCGCCCGACUAAUUGCAGUUCAACCCUUGGUUGGACAUCACGGCAAUUAUACGUUGCGAGUAAGAGCUCAAGAUCGAGGCCCAGUGCCCAACGUCGCCUUUCAGGAUGUGGAGCUCUGCGUGAGCGAUUACAACGAUCACGCUCCUGUGUUUGUCCGACCGGAACAGAACAAUACUACAUUCCGCGUCUAUGAGAACACUACGGUCGGUUCGAUCAUCACUUCUGUAUCAGCCAUUGAUGAAGAUGCCGGACUGAAUAGUCAAGUGCGCUAUUCAAUACGACUCGUUGGCAAUUGGAAGUGGUUUGGAAUAGACAGCGUUACGGGUGAAAUUACGUUGCUGCAGCCUCUUGAUCGCGAAAAACAAAAACUUCUUCAAAUAAGAAUCGAGGCCCGAGAUUCGGGAAUUCCAACUUGGCUUUCGACGGAUUUGGAUUUGACUAUUUACGUUCGCAAUAUUAACGACCAUCAACCGCAAUUCCCAUUGGAUAUCUUCCAGAUCAACAUUACUGAACAUGAUCCAUCGACCGAUCCCAUCCAAUUGCCGGAAACGGUUGAUUUAGAUGAACCGGAUGAACUGCUUAGUGCUCGAGAUCCCGUCUGUUAUUACAUCGUUGGGGGCAACCAACAGGGCGCAUUUAGCCUUGACCGCUUUCAGCACACUUUAACAGUUGAAAAGACAUUGGAUCGUGAAGAGCAAGCCUCGCAUAUAAUCGUCGUUAAAGCCAGCGAAAAUUGCGAUCUUGAUCCGGAUGUGAUCGAUUCCUUCGAUCCAGCUGACGAUUCGUUACUGAAAGUCGUUGUCAAUUUAAAAGACAUUAAUGAUAAUCCACCUACGUUUGAGAGAAAGGUGUUUACAGCCGGACUGACGACUGAUGCAGAUUUUGGAUCCGAAGUUGUAAGAGUUAUUGCCACCGAUCCAGACGUCGGUCUCAAUGCCAAACUAAGUUACAGUAUUCGCAAACCCGUUAAGUCGACGCUGUUGUCACGUAAUGGUCAAGAAGAGCAUAUUGGUGUUAAUCCGUUUGUCAUCGAUCGAGAAACUGGGAUCGUUUCACUCAAUUUCGACCCGCAAAGAGACAUGAAGGGUUAUUUUGACAUGGAGGUAUAUGUCAACGAUUCUGAUGGCUAUAGUGAUAGUGCCCGAGUGUUGGUUUAUCUUUUACGUCACGAUCAACGAGUCAAGUUCGUGUUGAGGCAACAUCCCCAGUUUCUUCGAACACGCAUAGACCAAUUUAAAGAGGCACUAGGAAAUAUUACUGGAGCAAUCGUCAACGUGGAUGAGCUGAAAGUACAUUCUAAUGAGGACGGGCAACUUGACAAGACUCGAACGGACGCCUACUUGCAUUUUGUCAAUGCCAAUGAUAACUCAGUUAUGGAAGUGGAUGCUGUAUUGCGACUAAUAGACGCCAACGUUGAAUCGUUAGAUCAACUCUUUAAGGAUUACAAUGUACUGGAUACCUCUGCAGCAGAACCACUAGGUGAUGCAUUGACAAGCAGCCCGCAAAACUUCUCACUGCUGUGGGCCAGUGGGACAGCAGUAUUCCUUGCCAUGAUCCUUCUCCUCGUUUUGGGAUUAUGCGUUUCGCAGCGUUUUAUUUUGAUGCGCAAGCUGAAAGCUGCGUCCGCCACGGCUUUUGGUUCGCAGUCAAACGUCAACCGUACUAGCAACCAAGUACCAAACACGAACCAGCACACUGUCGAAGGAUCGAAUCCCGUUUGGCGGAGUGAAUUAGAACCUGAAUGGUUUAAACAUGAGGAUAUCUACAGCAGAUCCGGUGAAAGUGACGGCCUAGAUUCGUUGGAUGUCAACGCAAUUUUGGGGAAUGCGCCGCCGACAUCGAGAAACUCAAGCGACGCGAACACGGCCAGCCUAAAGUCCACUACAACCGAAGCAUUUAACAGGAGUAUCCUACAGCGAAAUGCCAACUCCAUUCGAUCUAAUAAAUCUGUUGGAAACGUUACGCUUAGCGAAAAAGAGUGCGAAAUUGGUGAGGUCAAGGAAGAGGAUUGUGAAAUAACUGUGGGCAAAGGUCUGUAUCAGAGGAACGUGUACCAUUUUGGAUAUCCUGUGUUUCAGCAGGACAAGGGCAGCACAAGUAGCAGUACUACUUUCCUGUCACCAAGAAAACUGGAAACCACUGAACUUUAGAUUGUACAGCGUCAUCGACUCCUCGAUUCCUCACAGCUAAAAUGAAAACAGCUCGCUGCAAAAGAAAUAGGAAAGUCUGUGGGUUUUUACAGCUUUACGUUCGCCGUGUGAUAAUAGUCAAUUUCGAUUUUGUAUUACGAUGAAACGAUAAAAAUGCAACGGAAAAUGGCAGAGACCAACAUUAUCUAUGUUUUAAAUCCCUUAGAGAACCUUAUGCAAAGUUUUUCUUUGUUUAAUGUUGUACAAAGAUCUUGUUGAAUAAACAUUAUAAAAACGAA